AUGCGCUUCGGCCGCUAUCCCACACAUCAAAGUCGUGACGCCUUUCCGUUUCUCGCUUAUUCGUCCGCAGGCGAUUUCCACCGUUUGCACCACGCGAAGCAGCAAAUUCUGGAGAUUCUCGCGCACUGCGUACCUGCUCACAAACAUCGCUUCAAAAUUCGCAUUCAGAAAGACCGCGUGCCGAUUCGCGCAAUCCUGGCGUCUCUCCGGCCCACGUUUGACAAAUUCCUCGCCCUCUUCGCCGUCAAAUUCAUCCGCGCAUGCAUCUCGCUCAAAGACGCGUACGUGGACAAACACCUGGUCCAACACAAGGUUCUCCGUCCGAUCAUCUGGAUGCUCAAGGAAGAGCAGUACGCAGUGUCUCUCUUUUCGUCUCGGCGUCAGCAGUCGUCGCUGCUUGCGUCGGUCAUCCUGGACUGCCUUCGCGCGCUCGCAGCGAGUGCGGCGACCUUUGCGGCUCCACAGGCGCCGUGCCACUCUCUGCACUUGAUCGAAUUUCUGUUCACCGACGAGUUUUGCCGUCACUGGAUCGCCGACAUCCAAGACUCGAUGCGGACCACAGGUCGCCGCCCUUGCCAAACGCUCCAGGAUUUACACGACCUGUACAUCCAGUUUGUCGCGAAGCCGCCGCUUUGCGUGAGUCAGCCGCUGCAUCUACGGUCUCCACAGGACUACCUCUCGCCGUCUUCUCGCAUGCUAUCGCCUCGGAGCGGAGGCAGUGGAGGGCGCGACUUUUUCUUCUCCGGGUCGGGCCUUAAUUCAACAGAGGCAGGAGGCGACGGGGGCUUCUCCCCGCGCUCGCUGCGCUCCGGCCUCGGCCGCGUUAUUCGCAGAGAUCCAAACAGGUCUUUGGACGACGAAGAAGAAGAGUCUUGGUUCCUCUCUGACGACAAGGACGACGACGACGACGAUUCACCGUCUGAGGCAAGCGAAGGCCGCGAGAAUUUCUCCUCUCUGUCUCUGCGAAAUGAUCCAGAUGAGGAUGACGAGGACGAGAUCAGCGACCGGCGCGAGUUGUCUCGCGGGUGCACGUCUUCUCUCGUGGACGGAUACGACGACAACGACGAGGACGAGGACGACGAGGAGCCGGCCAGCCCGCCUUUGCCCUCUCGGAAAACCGACCCUGCUUCGCAUGCCUCGGCUUAUAUUCGGAGUCAACCGCCGUUCGACGCGAGCGGCGAAGAAGACGACUCUUCUUUCCUGCUGAAAGCCUUCCCCGAGAAGAAACUGCUGCCGUCUCCGAAGCCUGCGCGUUCGCGGGAUCUCGGCGACGAAGGACGAAACGAAAAAAGGAGAUUUGAAAAAAGCGAGAGGCGAGCAGACGGCAACGACGCGAAGCUUGCCGAGGUCUUCGAGGCCCCCAAAGGGUCGGAGACUGGCCGAGACGAAGACCGACUCACGGGGCGAUCUGUUGCAAGUCCAGGACGACGAGGGGUAUCGGACGGAGACGGGAAAACCAGCCCCACGAAGGAGACCUCUCCCACGCGGCCAGGAACAGCGAUCGCUGGACCCAAAAAGAUUGCUGUCAAGCUCAAACUCGGAGGCAACAGCGCAACCAGUCCGGCCUCUCCGUCUAGUUCUUCCAGCAGUGAAGACGUUGGACGAAAGGGGGAGAACACGGACGAGGGAGAGCGUGCCUGCGAGGCAGGCCGCGUGGGGGCGCCUCAAGAGAGGCGCAUGCAGAGUGGCAGCAACGCGCCCGGCAGUGGGGCUGAGAGCGGAAAAUCGCGCGAAGAGGGCGCGGACGGAAGCGAACUUCUGGCGGGGAUGCGACUGCUUUCGGGUGUGCUGAAGAGAAAGCAUCCGUCUGGGUUCGGGUCUUCUUUGCCGUCUGACUCUUCGUUGGGCGGGAAGAACGAGCGAGAGGUGCGGGCGUGUCCCCGCGGAGGACGAGAAGGCCUCUUGGCGGCGCGCAGUUUGUGGGGUGUGGGGGUGGAGACAGGAGACACCGCGAGGGGCAGUGGCGGUGCGGCUGAGGGAGACGCCGAGGAGCUGAGCGAGAAGCAAAGCCGCGAAGGCGGGGAAGAGGCGGGAAGACGAAAAACUUCGGACGACGAGGGGCUGAGCGGAGGAGACGAUGACUUGGACAAACGCGACAAAAAGAAGUCAAAGUGGACGGAAGAACUGGUCGCCGACAUGCUGCACGACGGCAGUGAAGAUGAAGACGCGUGA